AGGAGACACAAUGCAGAUCAUGUUUCUUCUGUGUUUGCUCACUUGUUUUCCGCUGAGCAAUUUUAAUGUUCAGGCGAAAGUGGUCGAUAGCUUUAAUGGGUGUAACCAGUUUUUCUACAAAGGCAAAGAACCACAAGGGAUGGAUCAGAAUGCUAAAAAAAUCUGUCAGACAUUGCAAUCCGAGAAUAACAAAAAAGAAAAAAUAAACCGCAUUCUUUAUGCAACUCUCUAUUCUACUUUUGAAAAAAUUCCACUGUACAGUGCUUACAAAUUUGACCCUAAAUGCUCCGGUACUUCAUCACAAUCAUGGCACAUAGAGCCACAGCUUAUUUCUAGAACUGAACCUGAUCACAUGAUGCUUGAGGGAGCAAAGGAAUUAAAAAACAAAAAAGAUGAUUUAAAAAAGACACAAGCCAUCAACAGUGACUAUGAUAACACAGGAUAUGAUCGCGGACAUCUGUAUCCCAACAGUUUCCAAUGCGAUGACGACCGUGAGGCGACAUUUACACUGACUAAUGCUGCUCCUAUGGAUGCUUGCUUCAACCGCAUUCAUUGGAAGCUCUGGGAGGGUUAUUUAAAAACUUUUUUAAUGGACAGCCUAAAGAGUGGUAAUAAAGAGGCGACAGCCUACAUUGUCACAGGUACUGUACCUGGUCAGGACAAAAUACCACAAAGCGGAUUUAGGGAUUUUAAAAGUUCGUUAUAG